AAGAUCACAGAUCAAGAAACCUCAUUUAAUCUGUAUUUCUUGCCUUUUAAACUCCCCAAAGGUCACUUUUAAACAAUUUUUCCUUUAGACAUCCCCCACUUUCAGAAAUAACACAGUUGAAGCUGAGUAGAAGUUGCCUCAAUCUAUCCCAUUCUCUCUUUUAUCUUCCACUAAAGCUCUUCUUUCAAAUUAUGCCUUACUGCUACUAACCCUUACUGUUUUUCCAGCAGGUCAAGCACAGAGUUGGCAUCCUUUUGUACCAGUCUUUCAAACCCAGGCCACACUAACUCAUCAGUCUGAUUGCUGGCUAUGCCAACAUGUAGAUCAUGCAAAGGAAAUAGAAUUCAUUUUUAUUUUUGCCAACAUGAGUGUCUGGUGGAGCCAAUCUGGAAAACAGAAGUAUUAAAGGAUGUGGCAUCCACAGCCAGAGGAGAAGCAACAUAGUCUUCACCUAAUGAUUACAGCUUUUCUGCUUUCAAAAAAUAUAGAAGUACCAGAGCUCAAUGAUGAAGAAUGGAAAUGGCACCUUGCCUUUCUGACAGAUGUAACAGAGCUACUCAACAGUUUCAAUGUGCAACUUCAAGGAAAGGGGAAGCUCAUCUGUGAACUGCAAUCACAUGUGAAAGCAUUUGAAGUAAGAUUAGGCCUCCUCAUCAAACAAGUGAAGGAGGAAAAUUUCUGCCAUCUCCCCACAACUCAAAAUCUGUUAGUGGAAAAUCCAUUGGUUGCAUUCCCAAACAAAACAUGUGUAGAUUCACUGGAAAAGUUGCAAAAGAAGUUCCAAUAUAGAUUUAAAGAGCUUCAUCUCCAUGAACAGGACAUACAGCUUUUCAGUAACCCAUUUUCUACUGACAUUGAAAAUGUGGAUACGAUUUACCAAAUGGAACUGGCUGAACUGCAGAACUGUGACUCUGCAAGACGCAUUCAAGUCAAGCAGCCUUCCUAAUUUCUAUGCAUCUCUCCCCUCUGAGACAUAUCCUAAUCUCAGGAACCAUGUACUCAAAAUGGCAACCAUCUUUGGCAGCACUUAUGUCUGUGAACAGACUUUUUUCAGAAUGAAACAUCUGAAAUCUCCAACCAGAUCUAGACUAACUGAUGCACACUUGUAUCACUUGUACUAGCAGUGACAAAUAUGGAACUGGACAUUGACCAUCUCAUGAGCCAAAAGCAGGCCCAUUGUUUCCAUUGAAAUACUGGUAAGUUUGCUGAUUUAACUUUACUUGUUCUUCAUUUUAAAUACUGUAUUUGUUCCCGUUUUGUUUUUUUUUUUUACUUCAAAAUAAGAUAUGUGC